AUGGACUGGACGGUGAACAGUCGGGCUUUGCUGGUUUGCUUCUCAGCGCUGCUUUGCUGCUUUACUCUGCCUCAGAAGGCUGUUUGCAGCAGCAGCACAGUUUCCCUCCCCGAAAGUCUGCUCUUCGUCUCCACCUUGGAUGGAAAUUUGCACGCUGUUAACAAGAAAUCAGGCUCUAUCAAAUGGACGUUGAAAGAAGAUCCAGUUCUUCAGGUCCCCACACAUGUUGCAGAGCCAGCAUUUCUGCCAGAUCCCAACGAUGGCAGCUUGUACUCUUUAGGAGGAAAGAACAACGAAGGCCUCACAAAACUGCCUUUUACCAUCCCAGAGUUGGUGCAAGCAUCUCCCUGUCGCAGUUCAGACGGAGUCCUCUACAUGGGGAAAAAGCAGGACUUGUGGUAUGUGGUGGACCUGUUGACUGGUGAGAAACAGCAGACUCUGACGUCCUCCUUUGCUGAAAUGCUCUGUCCCUCCUCAUCUCUUCUUUAUCUGGGACGCACAGAAUAUACCAUCACCAUGUACGACACCAAAAGCAGAGAGCUGCGCUGGAACGCCACUUAUUCCGAUUACGCCUCCACCCUUCCUGACGACGAUGCCAAAUACAAGAUGGCUCAUUUUGUUUCCAACGGGGACGGCCUCGUGGUCACUGUGGACAGCGAAACGGGAGACGUUCAGUGGGUGCAGAACUACAACUCCCCGGUGGUGGCCAUUUACAUCUGGCAGCGUGAGGGUCUGCGGAAGGUUCCCCACACUAACGUGGCUGUGGAGACGCUGCGUUACCUCACCUUCAUGUCUGGAGAAGUUGGCCGCAUCACCCGGUGGAAGUAUCCCUUUCCAAAGGAGAACAAGCCCAAGAAUAAAUUUAUGGCCACUUUGUAUGUGGGCAAAUACUCCACAAGCCUGUAUGCAUCUCCGUCUUUGGUGCACGAUGGAGUUACCGUGGUGCCACGUGGCAGCACAUUUCCCCUGCUGGAAGGUCCCGAUAGCCAGGAGAUAGAAGAGGACAAAGAGUGUGUCAUAACGCCCAGCACCAGUGUAAAAUUCAACGCUGCUCUUCGUGAGCGAAAUCGGAUCAACUACAUGAGAAACUACCUGCUGCUCAUAGGUCAUCAUGAGACUCCUCCAGAGGCUCAGAAUAAAAACCUGGAAUUCCCCAACAGUUUUUCUCGCAGUCAAGGAAAUGUCAUCCCACCCACCACUGACAAGAAAGUGGAGGAGAAGGUCAAUGACAGCGGCAUGGAUGGUGGCUCACCUUCAGCAGUACCAAAAACAUCAAUUCAAGAGCCUGGGGUCGGUGGUCGCGCCAUUCGUCCUGAAGCCCCAGUGGACUCGAUGCUCAAAGACAUGGCCACCGUCAUCUUCUCUACUUUCCUUUUCGCUGGUUGGGUGGCCUUUAUCAUCAUAUAUCCCAAAAGCGUUCACAGGCAGCAGCAGCUGCAGCACCAAGAGUUCCAGAGGCAGAUGGAGGAGAGGCUGGAGCUCCUCCAGAGGCAGCAGCCCUUCUCCCCAGCAGACGUGACUCCUGACGGUGACUACCUAGAUGUGACCCGCACCAGGUCUGACUGCUCUGACAACAGCAGCCCCAACGUCACCCCGCGCGCAUCCAAUCACUCCAAUUUGUCUGUUUCGGAGCUGGGGACCUGGACUAAUGAGACUGAAGAUGGAGAAGAUGAUUCCACCAUUGUCAGAGUAGGCAACAUAACCUUCCAUCCCAAACAAGUAUUAGGGCACGGAGCUGAAGGGACUAUUGUGUACAAGGGUCAGUUUGACAACCGUCCAGUGGCAGUCAAGAGGAUUCUCCCAGAAUGCUUCAGCUUUGCAGAUCGAGAGGUUCAGCUGCUGAGGGAAUCUGACGAACACCCAAAUGUCAUCCGGUACUUCUGCACCGAGAGAGACCGUCAGUUCCAGUACAUCGCCAUUGAGCUGUGUGCUGCCACUCUUCAGGAGUAUGUGGAGAGAAAAGAUUUUAACCGUCAUGGACUCGAGCCGGUCAUGGUUCUGCAGCAGACCAUGUCUGGACUGGCUCAUUUACAUUCUCUCAACAUUGUUCACAGAGACCUAAAACCCCACAAUAUUCUGGUGUCCAUGCCCAACGCACACGGCAGAGUGCGGGCCAUGAUCUCAGACUUUGGUUUGUGCAAGAAGCUGGCAGUGGGGCGCCACAGUUUCAGCAGGAGGUCUGGGGUUCCAGGCACUGAGGGCUGGAUUGCUCCAGAGGUUCUCAGUGAGGAUUGUCAACACAACCCUACUUGCGCUGUGGACAUCUUCUCUGCUGGCUGUGUCUUCUACUAUGUGGUGUCCCAAGGAAGCCAUCCAUUCGGCAAAUCCCUGCAGAGACAAGCUAACAUACUGCUAGGAGCGUACAGCAUAGACCACCUUCAAAGUGACAAACACGAGGACAUUGUCGCAAGAAACCUGAUGGAGCAGAUGCUGAGCAUGGAUCCCCACAAGAGGCCUUCAGCAGAAAGUGUUCUCAAACACCCGUUCUUCUGGAGUCUGGAAAAAGAGCUGCAGUUCUUUCAGGAUGUGAGUGACCGAAUUGAAAAGGAACCUCUGGAUGGACCAAUUGUGAGGCAGCUGGAGAGGGGGGGGAGGGCAGUUGUUCAAGGUGACUGGAGGGAGCAUAUCACUGUCCCCCUGCAGACAGAUCUUCGAAAAUUCCGUUCCUAUAAGGGGGGCUCGGUCAGAGACCUGCUGCGUGCAAUGAGAAACAAGAAACAUCAUUACAGAGAAUUGCCUGCAGAGGUACAGGAGACCCUGGGCUCCAUCCCGGAUGACUUUGUCUCUUACUUCACGUCCCGUUUUCCACACCUGCUCAUGCACACCUACCUGGCCAUGCGGACCUGUGCUUCAGAGAGGACAUUCCUGCCUUACUACUCCACCGUGGAGCAGCAUUUUAAAACACAAAACCAGGGUUUACACCAUGACUCCCAUCAUGCAACACAACAACAAAAUGAGCCAUGCUCUCAGCGCCUGCCAACCCACACUUUACUACCUUUGUUACACGCUCAGGAGCCUUCACAUUCAUCAACAUCGGAUGCAGUCUGUAUGACAACAGCUUCCGAAUCACCGCCCUCAUCACCAGAUGAGCAUCCUUCCACACAACCUUUAGUUCCGGUGGUGCCGCUGUUGGAGCUGGCACAGCCCACAGAGACUAACAGUCAAAUAGUGAACUCCACCUUUGCCUCAGAACUACCUACAGUUCCUCUCAGGUAA